AUGUCCAACUCUGCUGACAAGGUGGCUGCGGCAGCAGCAGCAGCGACAGCCGCCAACACCACCGAGAAGUCGGGGCUCCAGGUGCAGGAUGCCGACAUCACCGCCCACCGCCGCCCGCGGGAUGAGCCCGCCCGCCAGAAGUGGUACCAGUGGUCCGCGCCGAUGGACACACCCGAGGAACGGCACCUGAUCGUCAAGCUCGACCUGCUCAUCAUGGUGUUUGUGUUCCUCGCGUACUGGGCCAAGGUGCUGGACCAGUCGGCGACGAGCACCGCGUACGUGAGCGGCAUGAAGGAGGACCUAGACCUGUACGGCAACGAGCUCAACCUGCUCAACACGACCUACAUGAUGGGCUUCAUCGCGAUGCAGGUGCCGCUGACGCUGCUCAUGACGCGCCUCUCGGCGGGCUGGGUCAUCCCGGCCGCCGACGUGCUCUGGGGCGUGCUGACGCUCGCGCAGUACCGCGUCACGCGCGUCGGCCAGCUCUACGCCCUGCGCUUCUUGAUCGGCGCCGCCGGCAGCCUCUUCUUCCCCGCCGUCCAGUGGUACCUCGGCUGCUGGUACACGCGCUCGGAGCUCGGCCGCCGCAGCGCCAUCUUCUUCGUCGCCAGCCAGGUCGGCGGCAUGAGCGCCGGCUACAUCCAGUCGGGCGCGUACGCCUCGCUGAACCUGCGCCAUGGCAUCGAGGGCUGGCGCUGGCUGCCGCGGUCGCUGUUCCUGUCGAAGCGCGAGGUCGAGCUCGCGCGGGAGCGCCUGCGCAAGGAUCGAAAAGAGCCGCGCAGACCGCUCACGCGGGCCGUCGUGAAGAAGACGCUCACGGGCUGGCACUUUUGGGUCCUGGUCGGCUUCGCCUUCUUUUUCUCCCAGGCUGACGGCGUGUCCGCCAACAGCGGGCUGCCGCUGUGGCUCAAGGCUGAGGGCCACAGCGUCGAGGCUAUAAACACCAUCACGACCGUGUCGCCUGCCGUUACCAUUGUAUCGGCCAUCGUCUGCGGCGUGCUGUCGGACGCCUACGACGCCAAGGUCGAGCUCAUCGCGGCGACGGCGGUGCUCAACAUUCUCGCGAGCGUCAUUUUGGCGAUUUGGCACGUGCCGACGGGCCUCAAGCUUUUUGCCUUUUUCCUGGCUGGAUCGGCCGACGGCGUCGCGCCCGUCAUCUACUCGUGGGCCAAUGAGAUUUGCGCGGGGGAUGCCGAGGAGCGUGCGAUUGUCAUUAGCAGCAUGAAUACGGUUGGGAAUAUUUUUGGCGCCUGGCUGCCGCUGUUUGUGUGGAAGACGACUGAUGCGCCGCGCUAUCUUAUUGGGUAUAAUUGGACGAUUGCAUUGGACGUAGGCAUGCUGGUCAUGUUGCUUGUCCUGCGGGUCGUUCUGGAACCGUGA